UGAAAAUUUGCCGCCGUGUACGCCUUCCGUGAUUCUCAUUCUAAUUCUUACUCUUUUGUUUACCUUGCUUUACUUUCAUAUAUUUAUUUUUAGCAAGUUGGUAUUUUUCCUUUACCAAAGCAUCUGGAUUACAGAGAUGGCGCAAGCAGCAAUCGAAUUCGAUAUUUUCGGCUAUGUCCACGAUUCGCGACAGACAUACGGCCUGCGCGCGCAGGACUACUCACGGUACCGCCGCUACUGUGCCCACCACCUGCGCACCGUGCGCAAGUCGGUUAAAAUGAUGCAGGGCACGUCUACAGUUUAUCGCAAGAAGGAAGUCACUGCGGAGGAAGCCACAAAGCCCGCACAUAUCGAAAUACUGGUGCUUGAGGCGGAGCGCGCGUGGGCGUAUGCCAUGGACCUUCGUGAGCUGUUUUCGCGCACAGAAGAGCCUCGUCAGCGCUACCACCUGAUCCGCCGUCUGAAGGCUGCGUGCAAGGCCGGAAGCCAACUAGCUACGGUUGCGGCCAGCAUUUGUGACAGGCGCACCUCGCUUGCGGCAUACGCGUACUGGCUGCAGAUCCAGGGCCAAAUGCACUUUGAGCUUGGAGAAUGGGAGGCGGCUCUUGAUUGUGCUGUGCUUUCUCGCGUGGUUGGCAACACCUGGCGCUGACCGGCAGCUCGCGCCAGUAUGCGCUUGCACACGCGAU